AGUAACUGAUAUAACAACGGGACUAGAUUCUGUUGUGGUGGCAGUGUGAGCUCAGUAACUCGAGGGCAGAGUUGACCACACGGGCACAGGUUCUGGUCAAAUUUACUAUCUUCUUCGCCACUGAUCGGCUCGUUAGCUGCCAGUGCAUACCUAAUUUUUACCAACAGUGUGUAACAAAGACGAGACCUACUGCCCAAGCAGCUGAUGAGAGAUUCAAUGACAAAGUGAUAUGAUACGAUUGAACAGUGAUGGACACAACAAGUAUUGUGCUGUCAAGUGCAGUAGUGAUCACCACGGGCGUUGCUGCGUUAGCCUUGUACAAGUGGCAUCACACAAGAGAAGUCCUAAAGACUUACCAAGACAGGUAUAAUGACCAGAAGGAAAUUCAGAGACAAAUGUUUCAUCAUUAUGGGAGCUUAGAAGACUUGUCACUGUUAAGAGAAAUUAUUCCUAAAGAGGCUGAGAAUUACCACCUACGACUGGCCCAGUUCUGCAAUAGUGUGUGUGAUGAAAUUGGAGUACCAAAAACUCGUGUAUUGGAUGUUGGCAGCGGAGCAGGCGGACUGUCAUUCAACCUCAGCGUCCACUUCCGAGAGGUUGUGGGCACUGAUAUUAGUUAUUACGUGAUCGCAUCGGCCCAGCAGCUGAAACAAUUUGGUGAAUUCGGCUCUCCGUUCUCUAGUGAGGGCGGGAAACACAUAAUUCUCCACUGUGUUCGGGUACCUGAUGAUGCCGUGAAAGAACGAGUGGUAUUCUGGCAUGAGGACGUUUGUGCCCUUUUGUACACGUGUGGAAAGUUUGACUGCGUCGUGGUAUCAAAUACACUCACAGAUAUGCAAGACCCUAAAUCAUUUCUGUCAGAUAUCGGAGAUUACGUAGAUGCUGGCGGGAUGUUAUUUAUCUCGGACAUAUACAACUGGAGGGAUGGUCCAGAAGAACUCUUGGGAGGAGAAGGAGACUGUCUUACACCUUCUCUAUUAAAGAAAGUGUUAGACCCAAAAUGGACCCUGGAGGAAGAGAAAAACAUGCCAUUUUUUGUACCACGAUGUCGCCGCCUCGCAGAACUCGGGAAUGCUCACGUCACCGUAUGGAAGAGAAGAGAAACGUUGGUAGAGCCUAACGAAGAGUGAUUUCCGUGAAAUUGAUAACAACAUGGAAGAUGAUAACUGUCGUAUAAAUAAAACAAUUGUAUCUAAUGGCAGUGAAGAUAAUGAUAUCUGGCACUAAUUUUGAAGAACUUAUCUCACUUUAAUUGGUUUUCAUUAUGAUACAAUUAUUUUUUUGUAUUAUUUAUGUUGGAUAAAGAAUAAUCAUCUGAUAAUACAAUAAUUGUAAAUCCCAACAAUAAUGUGUAUUAUUAACACUGAUAAAGUAUAAAGAUAUAAAAUGUUAGUGGAAAAAGGAUAAUUAACUAAAUUGUUAGUGUUAAAUAACUAUCUGAAAUGGUAAUAUUUAUGGACUUUACGACCAGAAAAGGUGAUGAUGAUAUUAUUUAAGUCUAAUUAUGAUCAGCGAAUUGUGUUAAUUGUGUGAUUAUCUUUGUCUUCAGUGAUAUUUCAGAACAUCAAUAGAUCGUAAUGUAUUGACCUUACACGAUGGUCCCGGUGAAUAUAAACUUCCGAUAAGUUUGUUUGUUUACCUUUGGUGGCAAGGAUUAUUUAUUUAUAACUAUCGAGUUUCUGCACACCUUUGUGCUAUUUUGAUCACCUGAAGAUUAACUUCCAGCUUAAUUCACCUUAAAAUUAGCUGCUGUAACUCUCAACUUAAUUUAAUCCCUCCAGUAGCUAGCUUUAGGGUGUUUAAUCAUCAGGUGAAAUACCCGGUAAAUUGGAGGGGGAGGUAAUCUUAAGUUGUUCAUCUUUCUUUUUACCAUUGUUGAUGUUCUGUGGUAACAAAAUAAAAAUAUGGUAUAGA